GCCUGGGGCAGGAGCCUCCAGACCAGCCCCGUCCUCCACCCUGACUCCACUCCCGCCCCACGCCACCAUGUGCCAGUCCAGCUGCUCCACGGGCUGCCAGCCGGCCUGCUGCGUGCCCAGCUCCUGCCAGAUCUCAGCCUGCUGUGUGCCCAGCUCCUGCCAGACGUCCUGCUGUGUGCCCAUGAGCUGCAAGCCAGCCGUGUGUGUGCCCAUGAGCUGCAAGCCAGCCGUGUGCGUGCCCGUGAGCUGCAAGCCCGUUGUGUAUGUGGCUCCCUCCUGCCAGUCCUCUGGGGGCUGCCAGCCCUCCUGCUCCACCCUGCUCUGCAGCCCUGUCCCCUGCGGCACCCCUACCUGCUGCUGA